CACGAGAAAUAACGAAUAAAGUCACUGGGCUUCGCCAACCGCGGCUUUCUUUAUGUCCUCCUGAGUGCCCCAGGUCUCUAUCCAUCUACUUUCUUCCCCUUUCCUUACACUUAGAGACAGAGAGAUCAGAGGAGUUUGGCCCAAAUCCCUAACCCUAAAAAGUCACCCCCAGCUGAGCUCUUUCAAUCAUCUUCAUUAUAAGUCAUGGCUGCUGCAGCGCCAGAGGGAUCUCAAUUUGAUGCUCGCCAGUAUGAUACUAAAAUGAACGAACUUGAAGCUGAUGGUAAAGAUUUCUUUACCUCAUAUGAUGAGGUUCAUGACAGUUUUGAUGCUAUGGGAUUGCAAGAGAAUCUUCUUAGGGGCAUUUAUGCUUAUGGUUUUGAGAAGCCAUCUGCAAUUCAGCAAAGGGGGAUUGUACCAUUCUGCAAGGGACUUGAUGUAAUUCAACAAGCACAGUCUGGAACAGGAAAAACAGCAACUUUUUGCUCUGGAAUUUUACAGCAGCUUGACUACAAUUUAGUUCAGUGUCAAGCAUUGGUCCUUGCACCAACUCGAGAAUUAGCACAACAAAUUGAGAAGGUCAUGCGGGCAUUAGGUGAUUACCUUGGUGUUAAGGUUCAUGCUUGUGUGGGUGGGACCAGUGUCCGUGAAGAUCAACGGAUUCUCUCCAGUGGGGUUCAUGUGGUUGUUGGUACACCUGGCCGUGUGUUUGACAUGUUGAGGAGACAAUCUCUCCGUCCUGAUCAAAUAAAGAUGUUUGUGUUGGAUGAAGCAGAUGAAAUGCUCUCGCGAGGUUUCAAGGAUCAGAUCUAUGAUAUUUUCCAGUUACUGCCACCAAAUAUUCAGGUAGGGGUGUUCUCUGCUACAAUGCCUCCUGAAGCCCUUGAGAUCACAAGGAAGUUUAUGAACAAACCUGUGAGGAUUCUGGUGAAACGUGAUGAGCUUACCCUUGAAGGUAUCAAGCAAUUUUAUGUCAAUGUUGAUAAGGAGGAAUGGAAGCUUGAGACACUUUGUGAUCUCUAUGAGACUUUAGCAAUCACCCAAAGUGUCAUUUUUGUGAACACUAGGCGUAAAGUAGAUUGGCUUACGGACAAGAUGCGGAGUCGUGACCAUACAGUGUCUGCUACCCAUGGAGAUAUGGACCAAAAUACAAGGGAUAUCAUCAUGCGGGAAUUCCGAUCUGGAUCUUCUCGUGUGCUUAUCACUACUGAUCUCUUGGCUCGCGGUAUUGAUGUUCAGCAAGUCUCUCUUGUGAUCAAUUAUGAUCUUCCAACACAACCAGAGAACUACCUUCAUCGAAUUGGUCGUAGUGGAAGAUUUGGGAGGAAAGGUGUUGCCAUCAACUUUGUGACCAAUGAUGAUGAGAGGAUGUUAUAUGACAUCCAGAAGUUUUAUAAUGUUGUAGUUGAGGAGCUGCCAUCAAAUGUUGCUGAUCUUAUUUGAUGCCCUUGCAGCUGGUAGGGGUUUUUGUACCUGCACAUUUAGAUGGGUUCCCAUUACCAUUUAGAAAUCUGAUGUUCAAAUAUUGAUUUGGUGUGUGUCCAAGUAAGAAAUGUACCUAAUAUUUCUUGUUUUAUUUUAUAUCAUCUUGUUUUCUGCUCUUUUUUAUUCACCUGUAGUUUCUGUAUUUGAGAGGAUAUCAUGUAGAGUGGAAACAUGAUUGUUUUAGAACAUUGGAUUUGCCUUUUUGUUGACAUUUUGAUAAGUUAUU